AUGACUGGUAAUAAUCGAGCCCGGCCUCCGUCGACUGUCGAGGUACAACCCCAUCACAUGUCCGCGGACAGCAUCAGCCAUCAACAAGCGUGGCACAAGGUUGGAGGGGCAGCGUCGGACACUCUGUGCUCAGCUAUCCUCCAGGGCCUAUACGACUUUGUUGAUGGUGGGUUGGCCAGAUUUUCUCCGAUUGCCAAAAACGAGCAUCGCCAGGUGAUUACGAUGCCACAGCACCAUACUAUGCCCAUGCAGGCUGCCGAGGAGAUGCCCACAUCGAUGAUUCAUCAUGGGGGGAAGGCGUUGGCGGUUGAUUCAAAAUGCAACAGUGGGACAGUCUUCUCGUUGGUCUUCCCAUAA